AUGAGUGCAAUUCCUAGAGUAUUAACUAUUGCUGGUUCCGACAGCUCUGGCGGAGCAGGCAUUGAAGCAGACCUAAAGACAAUGACUGCAUAUAACUGCUACGGUAUGACGUGUAUCACCGGUUUGACAGCGCAAAACACGCUUGGGGUUCAGGCAAUUUACCCCGUGACUGAUCAGUCGUUUUUGGAAAAGAGUUUAGAGGCAGUUUUUUCAGAUGUUGGUGUGGAUGCUAUCAAAACCGGAAUGAUGUCUACAGUGGCCACUGUGGACACAAUUGCUGCGAAAUUAAAAGGAUACCAAGAUGGAAACAACCGGUUGAACCUUGUUGUUGACCCAGUGAUGGUGUCGACAUCUGGAGCAAACUUGAUUCCAGAAGAGGCCGUGGAUAAGUACAUUGAUAUUUUGAUACCUCUUGCUCGGGUGUUUACGCCGAACUUAAUUGAGGCUAAAUAUAUCUUGGAGCACUUGGAAAAGCGGAGGGCUGGUGAAUUGUUGGUGUCUAAUAAGUUUGAGAUUAAUAGCUUGGAUGAGAUGAAAGCAAUGGCUAAGGAGUUACAUGAGAGAUUAAAGUGUGAGACUGUAUUACUCAAAGGUGGCCACAUUGCUUUCAAUAAAAAUCUAGAAGUUGAAAAGAAACCGACUAAAGAGGGCCGGGUUAUUGUUGAUGUUUUUUAUGAUGGCAUUGAAUUCCACAUUUUACAGUCAGAUUUUAUAGAGACCAAGGCUACUCAUGGAACUGGAUGUACAUUAUCAUCUGCAAUUGCAUGCAACUUGGCAUUGGCCAAUAGGAAGGAGAAGAAAACGCUAGUUAGAGCGGUUACAGACUCUGUUCACUAUGUUCAAGAGGCUAUUAGAACAGCUCAUACUAUUGGGCAUGGGUUUGGGCCGGUAAACCACAUGCAUACAUUACAGCACCGACCAUUUGUGACAGGUAAGUUUGUGGACUAUUUGUUAGGCCACCCCAAGGUGCGAGAGAAUUGGGAGCGGUAUGUUGGCCAUGAGUUUACGCGGCGGCUUGCACACAAUACACUGGACAUUAAAUCUUUCAAGUUUUUCCUUGAGCAGGACUACAUUUACUUGAAGCACUAUGCGAGGUGUUAUGGGCUUGGGAUCUACAAGUCUGAUGAUAUGGAAACCAUUACCAAGGGGGCCGGAGUGAUUGAACACAUUGCACAUGAGAUGCAGCUGCAUGUUGGGUACUGCCAGGAGUUUGGGUUGACCAUAAAAGAUCUGGAGCGUGUGCAGGAAGGCCAAGCAACCUAUGCAUACUCGCGAUGGUUACUAGAGGUUGGAGCCAAAGAUGAUUGGUUUGCAUUGCAGGUAGCCUUGUCUCCAUGUUUGUUUGGGUAUUUGGAGGCAGCAGCCCGGUUGAAGCGAGAUCCUCAGGCAGUAUCAGGGCAUGAUAAAAAUCCAUAUUGGAAAUGGGUGGAAACGUAUACGGCGCCUGAUUUUGGAGAGGCAGCUGAUGAGGGUCGAGAGAUUUUAGAGGCAGGAGUACUGAAGCAUUCUGUGGAUAAGAUUGAGAUGCUGGUUGAUAUAUUUGCGACUGCAACACGGAUGGAAUGUGAAUUUUGGGAUGCAGCUUUAGAGUAUGGUAAAAAGGAGUAG